CUGUCAAAUUACGAUUGAAAUUGUUUACCGUACGAGCACAAGUUAUCGAUUUUAAACAGAUAUAUUAAUUGAAAAAUGUCGGCUGAACUCUAUAAAUCACGUGAUAUUCAUAGUCGAGAAUAUCGGCAAUCGGAACGGCGGCAUGCAUUGCUUGAAAUGCAAAAACAACGUCGAAAUGAGCUGAUGGAUGAACAUCGUAGCAUUGAACCGAUGAAAAAGCUAUAUCGCAGUAGGCACACACAUCAUCCAACACAAAAAUACACAAAAAUCAAGAAUCGGCACAUGCUGUCCGAAUGGUUGCGAGAAGUGCCAGACGACAUUGAAAAAUGGUACAUAAAACCAUGCCCCAAGGGAAACCGAGUUUUGGUCAUUGCUGUGGAUGGAACAACACGCGUAUUCAACAAAUAUGGAAAGUUCAUGAAACGAUUUCGUUCCGAUUUACCGGGCGAUGGACGCAAAAGAGAACAAUCACUUACAGUUCUCGAUUGUAUUUAUGUGCCAAAUAUGGAGAAAUAUUAUGUGUUGGACGUUCUUGCAUAUGGUAACCAAGCGAUGACCGAUUGUGAUGCGGAAUUUCGAUUUUUUUGGAUUGAAUCACAAAUUCGUGAUUCGAAUCUGGACCAGGUCACCGCUCGCAACCAAUAUCCAUUUCAAGUAAUUGAGAAAUACAAUUGUGGCGAUGAAAUGGAGUUCAAUGAAUUUUUAUCCAAAUGGCCUAUUUGGACAAACAAUCAACCCGAAUUGGAUGGAUUUCUAUUUUAUCACCGUGAGGCCUCGUACGUGAAUGGCACCACACCACUGGUCGGAUGGUUAUUUCCAUUUAUGAUUCCAGAAUUUUUCAACGUUCCGUUUUUUAAUGAACAAUUUUCAACCGACAAACCAGCCGACUAUGUGAAUUAUCUCGCAUUUAUGAACCAGUUUGAUGAGAAUUUAAAGAAAGAGCGAAAAAAUCACAAAAACAAACGCACCGAACACAUGGACGAAGAUGUUGGAGGGGAAGAACUUGAAGGUCUGACAAAUGAAAUCGAAGACAUCGAUGAAAAUGACACAGUUUCAGUCGUUAAGGAAGCAAUGGAAUUAGAAAGAGGUGUAACGUACGAUGAUGAAUUUGAAGAUUUUGAAAUAAUAAACUAAAUGUCAUAUUAGGUUACUGAAAAUGAACAUUUUUCUUUUUCAUUUUUUGUAUAACUGUGCAUGUAAAUAAAAAAGCAAAAUUUUAAGUAAAUACAA